AUGCUCAGGCCCCUGGGGCUAGUCCUGCUAGUGCUGCUCAGGGCUGUGAGCCUGAGUCAGGCCAGCGGCUUCACAGACAAAGGCCUCUCCUUGUUGAGCUACCAGCUGUGCAACUACCGCGUGACCCAAAAUGUCCCGAAGGUGCUGCCCUUCCAGACGUCCGCCUCAACCUAUGCUUCCUGCGGCGGCUGGAUCCCAUGGCGACAGUGCUCGAAGACCGUCUACAGGGUCCGGUACCUGACGGUGCAGGUCCCCGAGACCAGGAACGUGACCGACUGCUGUCAGGGCUACGAGCAGCUAGGCCUCUAUUGUGUCCUGCCUCUGAACCGGUCCAGGGAGUUUACAUCGAAGCCAGGUGUCUGCCCAGCACUGGGGCCGGGACCGUCCACCGUACCCUGCACCCUGGACACUGACUGCCCGGGACUCCAGAAGUGCUGCCGCUGGUCCGAAGACCACCGCUGCAUGGACCCCGAGCCUCCAGCUCUGGAGAGGAACCCGAGGACCUCCUGGUACAAUGUGACCAUGCGUGUGAAAAUGGACUUCAAGGAGCUCCGCCACGUGGACCCCCAGCUCCUGAACCACACGAGGCUCCUGUACUCCAUGGUCACUAAUGCCCUGCAGCCACUGGACUCCACUGUCCACCACCUGCACUCGGCUGGCGGGGACCCCUCCACCACGGUGUCAUGGCUGCUGCUGGGCCUGAGGCAGCCAGUGCCUGUGGCCAGCAUCUCUGCAGAGCUGGACGACAUCGUGCGGCGUGCCUACGAAGUGGUCAGCGUUCAGGUGCAAGAUGUGAAUGAAUGUCUCUUUGCUGAGCUGAACUCCUGCUCUGGAAAGGAACGCUGUGUAAACACGGAGGGCUCGUACCAGUGUGUCUGCCACCAGGAGUCUCCCGCCACCUCGUCUCCCCUGAAGCCAAACCACACAUGUGAAGAUUGUCCUCCCAUCAGGAACUACACGAUCUUCAAUGUCACCAGCAGCAGUUUUCGAGUGUCUUGGGGUUUAAAUUCCACCCAGAAGCACACCUUCCACGUCCAGGUUUACAAGGGCGAGGAGUUAGUCAGAAGUGCCAGCACCCACGGGACGGCCCUGCAGGUGGUGGGGCUGGAGGCCGGAGUGCUGUACCAGGUGAAGACCAGCUACUGGGAGUGCGGGGCCAACGCCACUGCCACGCUGACUGUCAGAACAGAUGCCCAGGUGUUUGAAAUCACGAUAAGGAUCAUCAACCGCAACUUCACAGCGAAGCUACGGAACCGCAGCAGCGCGGAGUUCCAGGACUUUUCUAGACAGCUGCUGCAGGAGGUUGAAAAGUCUUUCCCCCCGGCUGUCGCCGACUUGCACAGAAGUGGGCAGCUGCGGGUGGAGAUUGUCUCUCUCUGGGCCGGAAGUGUGGUUGUGAAGCUCCGACUCACAGUGCAAGACCCGCCGUCCCCAGUGUCUGUUUCCAUGCUGUCCAGCAUGCUCCCGCCGCUGUUCGCAAGCACAGUGUUCCAAGUCGACCAGCAGGGGACCCUAGUGCAAGACUGGGAUGAGUGUGCAGACCCCUCGGAGAAUGACUGCUCAGCCGCUGCUCAGUGCCUCAACCUGGAGGGUGCCUAUACCUGCCGCUGCCAGAUCGCCAGGGAUGCCAACCCCUCCCGGGCAGGGCGGACCUGUGAAGUAUUCACCCCCAACGUGCACCCCGGGACCCUGGGGAACUCCUCAGCAGCAGACCAGGCCCAGAGCCCUGCACCCCUGCUCAGGAGAGGGCACGAAGGCAGCACAGCCGAGCAGGACAGGAACAGCACGGGGCACGGCAUGGAGGAGGAGGUGCCCAGUGCUGCCCCAGGCCUGCGGACUGGCCAUUGGAUGGGCCAGGUGACCAGCACUGGGGCUUCCAGUCCAACCUACAGCUCCCUCCUGGAAGACUCAAAUGGCCCACUGGACCCCUUGGGUCAGUUACUUCAAAAUUCAACUGUGGAGCCCAGCUCCCGGCUCACCCCCAGAACAAGCCCCACGGACCACAUCAUGUGGCACCCCAGCUCCCCGGUGGAGCAGGACACACCACCAGCACCUCUGAACACCACACGGCCAUGGGACUUGGACCCGGGGCCUCCCAGUUCCCCAGACCUGCCAUCAGCCUCCAGCCCUGCUUCUCCAGAGACCCCCGCCUGCGUCCCCAUCCCCAUCCAAAAGGUCAGGGUCUCCAAUGUGACCGGCACCAGCUUCCACGUGGCGUGGGAGGCAGGGCCCGUCCUGAGCUCCUCUUUCCUGCUCACCCUGACCUCUGCACCGAACCUCACCCUGGACCUCGAGACCCAGAACACGAGUCUGAUGCUGCUGGGGCUGGAGCCGGGCGUGCUGUACAAGCUUGCGAUCGCAGCCGCAGCGUGUGGGAAAGAAGGCGCCAGGGCGCACUUCAAAGUGAGGACAGCGGCCCAGAAGCUCACCGGGAAAGUGCGAAUAGCCAAUGUCGAGUAUUCGGAAUCCUUCUGCAAUGCCAGCAGCAGGGAGUACCAGGACUUCCUAGAACACUUCUUUACCGAGGUGCGGAACUCCUUACCGGCCCCCAUGCUCCGGCUCAUGGACGAGGGAGGCAUUAAGAUGGAAGUGGCCGGCAUCACCAAUGGCAGCAUCGUGGUGGAGUUCACCCUGCUGAUCCUUGCAGACCUGGAUGCCCGGGACGUGUCGGAUGUGUUCCUCGCUGCCUUCCGGAACAUGUCUCAGCUGACGGUGAUGAGCAGCGACACCUUCAUCCAAGAUUACAACGAGUGUGAAGGCGGCGAGGAUGACUGUGUGCCCGGAUCCUCCUGCUGGAACACCCUGGGGUCCUUCACGUGCAGCUGCGCAGGAGUGGACCCUGACUUCUGGGUCGAGUAUCCUGGGAGACCCUGUCAAGGUGACUCUCCUGGCAAUGCAACUUGGGCUCCUGGGUCCUCUCUGGGCCCUGACACAGAGCAGCCUCCCACCUCCCCAGGAACUGGGGCUCCCCUCACACAGGGUGCAAACCUCACCAGCCAGGGCCUGCCCCAGCGGAUGAGGCUGAAAGGGGCCGUCAGGGUGCUCUGUGAGAUCGAGAAGGUGGCCAUCACCGUCCAGAAGCGCUUUCUGCAGCAGGAGGCCAUCCCGGAGUCCUCCCUGUACCUGGGCGAGCCCCCCUGCAACGUGAGCGGCGGCAACAGCACCCACGUGCUCCUGAUGGCUGGCUGGAGCGAGUGCGGGACCGCUGUGCAGAGCAACAUGACCGACACGGUGGUGAGGACCACGCUGCGCAAUGACCUGUCCCCAGACGGCAUCGUCCAUUACCUGAAGAUCUCCAGCCCCGUUCACUGCGCCUUCCGGAACGACCUUCUGACAUCAUCGGGGUACACCCCACAGUGGGGGGUCUAUACCAUUAUCGAGGACCUCCACGGGGCCGGAAGCUUCGUCACGGAGAUGCAGUUGUUUAUUGGAGACUCUCCGAUCCCUCAGAAUUACAGUGUGUCUGCCAGUGAUGACGUCAAGAUCGCAGUGGGGCUCUAUAAGCCAAACCAUGACCUCAAGGUGGUACUCACAGAGUGCUGGGCCACCCCCUCUAGCAAUGCCAGGGACCCAGUGACGUUCGCUUUCAUUAACAACAGCUGCCCCGUGCCCAACACGUACACCAAUGUGAUCGAGAACGGGGACUCCAACAAGGCCCAGUUCAAGCUGAAGAUCUUCUCCUUCGUCAACAAUUCCAUCGUCUAUCUGCACUGCAAGCUUCGCAUCUGCAUGGAAUCCCCCGAUGCCACGUGCAAAAUUAACUGUCAUGAUUUCCGGUCCCUGAGAAGCGAGGAGACAUCUGCCACCCACCAGACAUCCUGGGGGCCCCUCAUCCGGUCUGAAGGUGACUCCGCCAGUGGACAGCCUGGCUUGAGCGUGGUCUACAUCGUCCUGAUUGUGGUGGCCGUCUUCGGUGUGGUGACAGGCGCAGCUGCCCUCCUGAUCCUGCGUUACCAGAAGGUCACUGGGAGGUACAACUUCAAAAUCCAGUCUGACAACUUCAGCUACCAGGUGUUCUACGAAUGAGAGGUAGUGCUGGUGGCGGCCCCAUUAGUCCCGCGGCACGUGUUCUCGAGAGCCC